CCUAGGCAGGCAGGUCUUGCCGCUUUUGGCAGCAGGCAAGCGCAGGCGGUGCAGUGCGAUUCAAAAACUCUUUGCCUGUCGGUCCCUCUUUCUUCCCACUUCCACUUCCAUCCCACAAACACCUGCACGUCUUCUCCCACAAGACUCCGCAAACACCAAACCACCACAUCAACUACAAAACAUCGCCCUACCGCUCCGUUCUGACCAUCUCAGAACUCCUCUGCUCAACACCACACCUGUGCCCUCCACACAUCCAACGACACCACCUCCUUACCAGUCUGCGCCGUGUGGUCUUCGUCAUCCAUCUCCUCUGAACCAAAUUCUGGCUUGUCUCCCACAACCUUGCCCCCUCCUUCUCGCACUAGGAAGUCGCCCUUCCUCGACCCCCUCAAUAAUCCCAUCAGCCAGUCCACAGAUACAUCUGCGUUAUAUGUAUCUCACACCCCACGCCAACGACCUCAGACACCAGCCGCCUCUUGAGCUGCAACCAUUUCGCAUACCGCGGAAACCUUGCAGUCCCUACUUCAGUAGCAACGGCUAAACCAUCGCCCCCUACGGAAAUCUCACCGAAUGCUCCGCUAGCAAAGUCCAUAGAAAUCCCAUCUCCUUGUCCCUUUAUCCUCUCCAGAUCCGAUCGUCCUCUCUGCAUGUCACAUGUCGCAUCGUUCCGCCCAGUAAUCGUCACACAUAAGAUCCGUCUACUACAAGAAAUCCGAGUCUAUUAAGAGCUAUACACAACCGCAAUCAUGGCGUCCAUUAUCAAUAUCCGUAGUGAUGUGAAGGAUCCCUUCUACCGCUACAAGAUGGAGCGUCUCCAAUCCAAGAUUGAGGGCAAAGGCAAUGGUAUCAAGACCGUCAUUGUCAACCUUAGCAGCGUUGCUGCCUCUCUCGCUCGCCCCGGCGACCAUGUCAUCAAGUACUUUGGCUUCGAGCUUGGUGCUCAAACCAACUCCAGCCCAGCCGACGAUCGUUGGAUCAUCAACGGUGCCCACGAGGCUUCCAAACUUCAAGAUUACUUGGAUGGCUUCAUCAACCGUUUCGUACUGUGCAAGAAAUGCAAGAACCCCGAGACCGUGGUUGUGAUCAAGGAUGGACGCAUUCUCCUCGAUUGCAAGGCAUGUGGUCAACGCUCCGAUGUAGACCUUCGCCUCAAGCUCAGUGGCUUCAUUCUCAAGAAGCAGCCCAAGAAGGGAAAGAAGGAUAAAGCCGAUCGAAAGGCUGCCCGAAAAGCCAAGGAGAAUGGAAAUGGCGAUGCUAAGAAGAAUGGACAUGGCAGUGGCGGCAAUAGCGAUGAGAACAACUCCGACAACGGAUCUAACGAUGCCGAUGGGGCCAUCGAAGCCGGUAGUGAUGACGAGUUCACUCGCCAGGCUCAAGAAAUCGAGGAAACUGCUGAAGUCAAAGACGACGAGUGGACUGUUGAUAUGUCUGCUGAGGCUGUCAAGGCUCGUCAGCAACAACUCCCGGAUGACCUCAAGAACAAACUCGUCCUUGGUGAUGACGAAGACGAGGAUGGAGAGGGUGGUGGAAAUUCCAAGUAUGAUCAAUUUGGCAGUUGGCUCAUUGCUCAGGUCGAAGAAAAGGGUGGAGUUACCAAGGUUGAUGAUCUCGAAAUCUACCUCAAGGCCAAGGAGUUUAAAAUCGAGUCCAAGCACCGUACCCUCACUGUUUUACUCCAAACCAUCUUCGACGAUAAUAUUGCCAAGCAAAUUCCAAAGCGCGCCGGGAUGCUCAAAAAUGUAAGUUCAUACCAGCUGUGUCUAUUUUCACUCGCUAACGAGAUCAAAGGUCGGUACAUCCGAGAAACACCAAAAGGCUCUCCUCGGUGGCGUUGAGCGAUUCAUUGGUCUCCGUGGCAAAGAGAAGCCGGAAAUGUAUGAACUGACCCCCAAGGUCCUCCUCGUCCUCUACAAUGAAGAUCUUCUGACUGAAGAGGUCAUCACCAAAUGGGGAACCAAGGCCAGCAAGAAAUAUGUCGAUCCAUCCACCAACAAGAAGAUCCGCAAGUCAGCUGAGGCCUUCCUCAAGUGGCUUGAGGAGGCUGAGAGUGAGGAUGAGGAGUCUGAAUGA